UUUAACGUUGCAAAAGCCAGACGCUACCGAACCAAGUAUCCUAUUUAUAUCCCCCCUUUUUUUUCCACCUUCAGGUUUUCAUCUUCUUUUUAAAAAAAUUUCAAUCUCUCUCUCUCUCUCUCUUCCCCACUCAAUUCAACAUUCUACGAAUUUUUUCGUCACUUUUUUCCGUCAAAAAAAAAAUCUAAUUAAAAAAAAAGCCGAUAAUUCUCCGUCGCCGUCUCCGCCGCCAUGGAUGAGAACUCAAAGAUAGUCAUCGAUGGUGGCGCUGCUAAAACAUCCACCGAUGAUUCCGCCCCAACAAACCCUAACCCUAAUUCCGAUAUCACUACUUCUACUAAUACUACUACAUCUACCAAUUCCAACUCCGCCGCCGUUAACGGCGGUGAUUCCGUCGCCGUUGAUGGCGAUGGUGGAUCGGACGGUGCUGGUCUCUCUCGACAGUCUUCUAGAACUCCCUUCACUAACCUCAGUCAGGUUGAUGCUGACCUCGCUCUUGCCCGCACUUUACAGGAGCAGGAAAGGGCAUACAUGAUGCUAAGCAUGAAUGGGGGUGGGGGUGGGAUUGGUUUUGGAAGAUGGGAGACUGGAAUUUAUAUUCCUGAUGAUGAGGAUGAUGACUUUGGUGAUUCCCAUGAUCAUGAAUAUGAUGAUGAAGAUGAAGACGAUGAUGAUGACGAGGAGAAUGAGGAAUAUAUUGACCAUUAUGAUGACGAGGGUGAGGAUGCGUUUGACGUUCACGCUCAUGAUGAUUCCGAAGAUAACGAUGAACCUCAUGUUGAACUUGAUCCUAGCGCGUAUCCUGAUGACGAGGCAUAUGCAAGGGCCUUACAGGAUGCUGAAGAGAGGGAAAUGGCUGCUAGAUUGUUGGCUAUGGCUGGCAUUACUGAAAGAGAAAUAGUAGAUGUGGAGGAUCAUAGGGCUCAUAGGGAAAAUUCUCAGGACACGUGGGAGGAGGUUGAUCCUGAUGAACUUUCCUAUGAGGAACUGAUUGCUCUCGGUGAUGUAGUUGGUACAGAGAGUAGAGGAUUAUCAGCUGAUACAAUUGCAUCGCUGCCUUCGACAAAUUAUAAAUGCCAAAACAAUGAAACAGAGACAGAUACUUGUGUCAUUUGCCGAUUAGACUAUGAGGAUGGUGAUGGAAUGACCACACUCCCUUGCAAGCAUGCCUAUCAUUCAGAUUGCAUAAAUGAUUGGUUGAAAAUAAACAAGGCGUGUCCUGUUUGCAGUGCAGAGGUUUCAACGUCUCAGAGUAGCUAAGAAAUGGAAUAGAUGAUACUUUGGUGUAUAUUAGAUUCUAUAUGAAUUUGCCAAUUAAAGGCCAUAGAUCUGGUUGUCAUGCUUUUCUUUCUAGGGGACAAACUAAUUCUUCGGUUAUUGUAUCUGUUCUUGAUUAUUCCCCGUUCGAGAAUGGAAUACCUUCUUUUGUCUCAAUUUUUUCUCACUGGAGUUCAAUAUCAAUGCCUUUUGCUUUUUGACGUAGGA